UUCAAGAAAAAGGGUUCCAUUUCCUCUUCAAUUCCCUCUGAUCUGAUCAAUAAUCUUUUCCGCCUCCAUCUCUUCAAGGUCAGCCAUGGCGUUUUCUCUGUACCGUCUCCAUCUCUUUCUGCUGCCAUUUUUGGCCCUAAUUUAUACGACGGAGUCAAAUCUAAGUAAAGAUUACUACGAGAAAACAUGCCCACAAUUCUCAGACACCAUGGAGAAAAUCAUCGUCGAAAAACAGAUGGCCGCCCCGACCACCGCCGCCGGAAUCCUCCGCGUGUUCUUCCACGACUGCGUCGUGGGCGGCUGCGACGCCACGAUCCUCAUCGCCUCCAACGCCCAAGGCAGCACCGAGCGCGACGCCGAGAUCAACCAAUCCCUCCCCGGCGACGCCUUCGACCUCGUCGUCCGCCUGAAAACCGCGCUGGAACUGGCGUGCCCCGACACCGUCUCCUGCGCCGACAUCCUCGCCGUGGCCACGCGCAACCUUAUCACCAUGGUCGGCGGGCCCCACUACGAAGUCCUGCUCGGCCGGAAAGACGGCCUCGUUUCCCGCGCCUCCGACGUGGAAGGCCACAUCGCCACCCCCUACAUGCCCGUUGACAAACUCAUCGCCAUUUUCGCCUCCAAAAACCUCACCGUCCAAGAACUCGUCACCCUCUCCGGCGCCCACACCAUCGGCUUUUCCCACUGCUCGGAGUUCAGUAAACGCAUCUUCAACUUCAACUCCACCUCCCAGAUCGACCCCACGCUAAACCCAAACUUUGCCCAAGCACUACGAAAACUGUGCGCCAAUUACACGAAAGAAACGGGGAUGUCGGCGUUCAAUGACGUCAUGACGCCGGGGAAAUUCGACAACAUGUAUUACAUCAACCUGCAAAACGGCAUGGGGCUGUUGGCCUCCGACCAGGCGCUGAUCUCCGACGCCAGAACGAAGCCGUACGUCGACCUGUACGCCAAGAACCAGACGGCGUUCUUCGACGCGUUCGCGCGUGCCAUAGAGAAGGUCAGCCUUUAUCAGGUGAAGACCGGAAAAGAUGGCGAGAUCAGGAAGAGAUGCGACGCUUUCAAUAAUGCGAAGCCGACGAUGGCCAGUUAGGCGUUUGUACUUAUUGCGACGAUUUUAAUUUGUAUAUUAUACGACGACGGUCAGAUUCUAUAUAUUCGUGGAAUGGUACGGUGA